ACUUUAAUGAUGAAUGUGUCUGAUCUGCAGGUACGUCCACGCUCUGUAUUUGGGCGUGCAGAGCCGCUGGCACAGAGACCCCGAGCGCCGUCACUACUACUGGCGCAUGAUGUUUGAGAGCGCUGACAUCAGCAUGCUGCGUCUGCUGGAGUCCUUCCUGAAGAGCGCCCCCCAGCUGGUGCUGCAGCUCAGCAUCAUGAUCCAGGCCAGACAGGUGCUGCCGCUGCAGGGACUUUCCGCCUCGGCCUCGCUGGUGUCGCUCGCCUGGAUGGUCGCCUCCUAUCAGAAGGUCCUCAGGGACUCCCGGGACGAUAAGCUCCCCAUGAGCUACAAGGCCGUCAUCGUUCAGAUCCUGUGGCACCUCUUCACCAUCGGCGCCCGCACCCUGGCCUUCGCCCUGUUCGCCUCCGUGUUCCAGCUCUACUUCGGCAUCUUCAUCGUAGCCCACUGGUGCAUCAUGACGUUCUGGAUCAUCCAGGGAGAAACGGACUUCUGCAUGUCCAAAUGGGAGGAGAUCAUCUACAACAUGAUGGUGGGCAUCGUGUACGUGUUCUGCUGGUUCAGCGUGAGGGAGGGCCGCACUCGCUGCAGGAUGCUCAUCUACAGCCUGACGGUGCUGGUGGAGAACGUGGCGCUCACCGCGGCCUGGUAUUUGUACCGCGGGCCCCGAACCUCAGACUUCUACGCCGUGGUCAUGGUGUGCGUAGUGGCCAGCAGCUACGCUCUGGGCACCUUCUUCAUGUGUGUGUAUUACUGCCUGCUGCACCCUGACGGCCCCGUGUCCGGGUGGGGGCACGUCGUGGAGAAGGAGGUACCGGUGGAGACGCUGGCCUCCCCGGCGGCCAGCCUCCCCCCUGACGUCGUGAGCAGCCCCCCCAGGACCCUGCAGAGAACUAAAGGGUCCGACAGGGAUCAGGGCUCCGGGGUGGACGGAGACGUGUUUCAGGUGCGACCUCUGCGGGGGGCUCAGGCUCCGGUGCCCAGCCUCAGCCCCCGGACAGAGGGGCCUGUCAUCCGAAUAGAUCUGCCACCUCUGAGACAGAGCCUGGGAGGUAACACACUGAGAAAAUAG